AUGAGUUUAGAUCGUGUCAUUCAGGAUUCCGACGAGGACGAACUCUCGGAGGGGGAUGACCUUUCCACCUCCGCCAACCCCCUCCACCCAUCCGAGCCCGCAUUGCAGCAGGAAUAUCAACAUGCCCCCGCCAAAAAUACGAUCCACAAUGCAGUGUAUGAACAUGUUCCUGCUCCUGAUGAAAGCAUAAUCCCGGAGUUGAGCGUCAACUUUGAUGAAUUCCUCCAAUCCCAAGAGAAGGGUCAUUCAAUGUUAUCUUCGUCGCAGCAGCGGCGGGAGGACAAAUGGAUACCCUCAACUGAGGGUGGAAGUGGGUCGGUUGGCGCCAUGAUGACGGAGAUCGGAAUCGCGCAGAGAAGACUUAUGGACGACGACCCUUCAAGUGCAAGCCUCCCUUUUACGGCCGCACCGUACUCGAUAGAAUCAUUUCAGUCCGCGCCAUUUCCUACCGUACCAAGUUACCACCCGUAUCAGAUAUAUCAACCGGAGAGUGGCAGCUUCACAUAUAAUCCAGCACCCAUUGGCGCCUAUGUCGAUGCAAAUCAGACUUUGUUGCCCACCAGACAGGGUACCUAUGACUUGACCCCGCCUGACACCACUAAUCCAAUGGCCUCGCCUCCGAAAGUCGUUCCUUACCAAGCUACCGAGCCUUUUAUGGAAGAGGAGAACCCUCAGUCGAACCCACCCCAGGAAGCCUCACAGGCGAAGUCUCAGCAGACUGGUCCCUGUUCCCCCCAUGACACUGAACCUCUCUCCUCAAUCGCAUCCAUGCGAUUCAGCGAUGCAAAGAUUACCACUGCUGGAACCAGUCUUAUUUCCCCGCAGCAAUCCCAAUCAAGCACGCAUGACGAGCUCGCUCUCCCUGCCGUCUUACCAAAUAUGCCAGAUGUCGGGCCGCCCGGUGCAACGAAGAAGCGAGGACGGCCCAAGAAACAAACUGGGCUAAAUAACGAUGAAGACGAUGAGCUAGCCAACUCUCGAGACUACGAGUUCAAACACCCUGGCGCAAAUGGUGCGAUUGACCCCUCCGAUAGCGAAGAGACCACGGAAAAUAAUACCCCGGCCUCGAGUGGAGUCUCCGAUGAGACUGACGAAGAAAACCCAGAAACAGCCCCUAAGCCUGCAAAAUCAGGACCAAAGGAGCCGAGAAAGAAGAAAGCUAAAAAAAGCAAGACGACACCUGCCCCUGAUGCCGAUGACGACGUCAUAUGGGUGGACACGAAGCCUCUCAGCGUGGAGCCUUCAACAGAGAAUGCCACUCCGCAGGCAGAAACCCCGGAGGCCCCGAGACAGGAUAUAGACUCCAAUGUUUUGGACUCAUACCCCCCUGUUGAACCCCAGGCACAAAUUCCCACCGCAGAAGAGAAGACACAAAACGACCAAAAAGCCGAGAAACCAGCACCCAAAAAACGCGGACGCAAGCGAAAGCAGAUAACCGAACAAGCAGAAACACCAUCAGAGUUCGCAGAUACACCCGUACCAAACAAGCCGCCCUCCGGAGCCCGGACUCCUGCGCUGAAUGUGUCCGUCGUUGUCGAUAAUAGUCCUAAACCCAUGCCGAUAGCUAAUACUGGUAACAACGAUACACCUGCUAUCCAAAGCAAGGACCAGAACCCCAGCCCACUUCCUGGUCCUGAUGCUCUCCCUGAAACUACGAUUGAUACCCCUCAGCCUCAGACUCCUUCGAAGCGCGAUGCUUCAUCUGUCAAUACACCCCAGAACGGAGGAAAGGGCCCGGAUAAGCACAGUCCCAUAUCGGCGCGGAAUGGGGUGCCUUACCGCGUGGGAUUGAGUAAGAGGGCGAGGAUUGCGCCGUUGCUUAAGAUGGUGCGGAAAUAG